ACCAGCGCUGAAGGCUAAGGCCGCUCGUCGCUGGAGGACCCGAGCUUCCUCCGGGGGUGAGAGGAGAUAAAAUGGCCGUCGUGAGGCCGCCCGGGCCUGUCUCCCGUCGUUGUGUACCUAUCCCCUUGCGGACGGGAAGGUGAAGACGGCCCGGAGGAGGGGGUGACGGAGGACCAUGGGGUCUCAGACGCUGCAAAUCCUCCGGCAGGGAGUCUGGGCUUCCAUCACCGGGGGCUGGUACUACGACCCUCACCAGAGCACCUUUGUCAACACCCUGCACCUCUACAUAUGGCUCUUCCUGCUCUGCUUCCCCUUCACCCUGUACAUGGCUCUUCCCUCUUCUCUGGUGAUUGUAGCCGUGUACUGCCCUGUGGUCGCUGCCGUUUUCAUAGUGUUAAAGCUUGUCAACUACCGACUACACAGGGCCCUGGAUGAAGGAGAGAUUGUGGAGAGGAGUGCCAGUGAGUUGACGGAGCGGGUGGCAAAGGCAGAACGUAGUGACAGCUCAGCCAGAAGAGAGGAUAGCAAUGGACCUGGUGACCCUGGUGGAGGGAUUGAGAUGUCCGAGUUUGUAAGAGAAGCCACCCCUCCUGUUGGAUGCAGCUCACGGAAUUCCUAUUCUGGGUUGGAUCCAAGUAACCAGAUUGGAAUGUCAAGAUAUGGAGCUGCAUCGACCAGUAAAGGGGACACAGAUGCAAAGACCUCAGAUGAUAUCAGUCUGAGCCUUGGCCAGAGCUAUAGUUUGUGCAAAGAAGGAAGUGAAGACCAAGAUUUAACUGUGGAUCAAAAACUUUUUCGCCUGGUCUCCAAUGACUCCUUUGUCUCCAUCCAGCCCUCUAUAUCAUCUGGAGGCAAGGACUUGAAUAGGGACUUCAGUGACAAAGGUUCCAUUGCAACACACAGCCACCAUCACCACGUGGAUCUGUCGCUGUCAAACGCGUGCGACACGGAAAUGGCUUCACUCGUUCCAUUGCAUUCCCAUUCAUAUAGAAAAGAACAUAGACCAAGAGGUGUCCCGAGGACUUCAAGCUCUGCUGUCGCUUUUCCGGACACUUCCCUCACCGACUUUCCACUCUAUCAACAAAGGCGCGGGCUGGAUCCUGUUAGUGAACUUGAAGCUUCCAAACCACAUUCUGGGUCCAAAGAUUCUCUCAUCGAAAAUGCUUGUGCUUCAGGGAUUUUUCAAUUAGACUGUCUCAAAAGCAAGGGAGCCCAGCAGCUUUCAAGUAACGGAGGGGUGAAACACAUGAAAUCUGACAAGAGCAUGGACAGUUUGAGGAGCCUCAGCACGAGGAGCAGCGGAUCUACCGAAAGCUACUGCAGCGGGACAGACAGGGACACAAAUAGCACCAUUAGCAGCUAUAAAAGUGAGCAGACCAGCUCCACGCACGUAGAGAGCAUUUUAUCCGAACACGAGGAGGCGAGCGCUGUGAAGAGAGGCCUUUGUAGUGACCCAGAGGAGGAACAUAGUUCAGCGACCGAUAAAAGGACUAGUAGUGUAAGGACUGCUGUAGAAAGAAAUUCAGCUCAGGAAGCCAAGGAUGCCAAUACAUCUGAUGAUGUGCAGAGUCCAAGGGGUCUUAGCUCGUCGGCAUCUGAAGAAGCAAACAAGAACCCCCAUGCAAAUGAAUUAACUGCGCAAGUUGACUGGCUGCCUGGGAAGCUUUCGGUUAAUCAUGAUGACCUGGGUGAGAAACCAGUGAUUUUAGUGGACUUGAGAUCCUUUAAGGAUACGGGUAUUAAACAUCGGGAUAGCGAUGUGCGACCCAAAUCAUCCAGCUUAAUUCACAGAACAUCCUCCUCUCAUAAAUCAUGCAGGAGGCGGACAGGUAAAAAAAGAGCCAGCAGUUUUGAUGCCAGUAGACACAAGGAGUACGUCUCGUUUCAAGGCAUAGCUGAUACCAAACCUCACAGCACCGGUUUUUGUCACGACGAGGACUCUAGCGACCAAAGCGACUUGAGCAGGACCUCAAGCGUGCAGUCGGCCCACCGUUUUAGCAGCGAUAGCUCUUCCAGCACUACGUCGCAUUCAUGCCAGUCUCCCGAGGCCAGAUACACUGCUCUAAGGACAAAAUAUCACCUCAAAGAGAAAGGAGCAGACUCGCGUCGAACUCACUUGAGUUGUGAAGGGAGCGGCAAAAAGCGCUCCAACCGCAGGACUUCAAGUGCAAGUGGUACUAAAAGUCGUGCCAGGGUGUUAAGCCUGGACAGUGGCACUGUAGUUAGCUUGGGGGACCCAAACAGACUGGCAGCCCCUGAAAGUAUCAAACCAUUAACCACUUCAAAAUCAGAUCUAGAGGCCAAAGAGGGGGAAGUUCUAGAUCAGCUGUCUUUACUAGGUCGCGCGUCACAAUUAGAAUCUGUAACUCGGUCAAGAAAUAGUUUGCCUAAUCAGGUUACAUUUCAGGAUGUAGAAGAGAGAGAAUCCGCUGUUGCAGCACACACCAGCGAGGAGACUGUAACAUUUCGUCGUGAACGCAGCACAUUUAGGCGCCAGGCGGUACGGCGCAGGCACAAUGCAGGGAGCAAUCCCACUCCUCCCGCAUCGCUCAUUGGAUCACCCCUCAGCCUUCAAGAUGGUCAUCAAGGCCAGCAGCCAUCCACCCAGGUCAAAGUCCAGUCCCGUCCCCCUUCCCAGGCUGCAGUGCUCAGCGCUAGCGCCUCCUUGCUGGUGAGAAAUGGGAGUGUCCACUUAGAGGCAUCACAUGACAAUGCAUCUGCCGUAGGCAAUUGCAGUUUGCACGAUGAACUUGGUAUGCAGGCCUUAUGUAACCUUGGGGACAUGGAAGUUUUAAUGCAGCACAUUUUGGGUAAAUUCACCCCAUCCCUCUAUGAAACUGGUGGCUGUGACAUGUCACUGGUGAACUUUGAGCCAGCGGCAAGAAGAACGUCCAAUAACCUCUGUGACACAGAUUCCCAUGUAUCAAGUUCUACCUCAGUCCGAUUCUACCCACAUGAUCUACUCUCUCUCCCUCAGAUUCGAUUAAACCGGCUGCUGACCAUAGACACAGACUUGCUGGAGCAGCCAGAUAUUGACCUAAGCCCCGACUUGCAGGACCAGAUGCAGCCCCAGGAGCAGGCAUCCCACAAAGUGAAACACUACUACCGCUUCUGGAUUCUGCCCAAGCUCUGGGUUGGCAUCAACUUUGACAGGUUGACACUCUUGGCCUUGUUUGACAGGAAUCGAGAGAUCCUAGAAAAUGUCCUGUCCAUCAUCCUUGCAAUUCUCGUUGCCUUUUUGGGCUCCAUUCUUCUCACAGAAGGCUUCUUCAAAGAUAUCUGGGUCUUCCAGUUUUGUCUUGUUAUUGCCAGCUGUCAGUACUCCCUCCUUAAGAGUGUGCAACCGGAUUCUUCUUCCCCUAGACAUGGCCAUAACCGUAUCAUAGCCUAUAGUAGGCCUGUUUACUUCUGUGCCUGUUGUGGCCUUAUUUGGUUACUGGACUAUGGAAGCAAAAACCUGUCUGCCACCAAAUACAAACUGUAUGGAAUGGCCUUCACCAAUCCUGUGCUCCUCAUCUCAGCAAGGGACUUAGUCAUUGUGUUCACGCUCUGUUUCCCAGUCGUGUUUUUUAUUGGUCUUCUGCCUCAGGUGAACACAUUUGUUAUGUACCUAUGUGAACAAGUGGAUAUCCAUGUAUUUGGUGGAAAUGCUACCACCAGCCUGCUUGCAGCACUUUACAGCUUUAUUCGUAGCAUUGUGGCAGUAGCUUUACUCUAUGGACUAUGUUAUGGUGCUCUUAAGGAUCCCUGGGAUGCCCCGCAUGUUCCUGUGUUGUUCUCCAUUUUUUGUGGUGUGCUAGUGGCGGUUUCUUACCAUCUCAGCAGACAGAGCAGCGACCCCUCUGUCCUCAUCUCAUUGGUGCAAUCAAAACUCUUUCCAAACAAUGAGGAUAAAAAUCCAGAGGACCCUCUGUCAGAAGUAAAAGACCCUCUUCCUGAGAAGCUAAGAAAUUCUGUUAAUGAUCGCCUUCAGUCUGACCUAGUUGUGUGUGUGGUCAUAGCCGUUCUCUACUUUGCAAUUCACGUCAGCACUGUGUUUACAGCAUUACAGCCUGUCCUGAGUUACGUUCUCUAUGCAGUAGUCGGUUCAGUUGGUUUCCUUACUCACUACGUUUUACCGCAAGUACGCAAGCAGCUUCCCUGGCACUGCUUCUCACACCCGCUGCUAAAAACAAAGGAAUAUUAUCAGUUUGAAGUUCGAAAUGCUGCUCAUAUGAUGUGGUUUGAAAAGGCUCACGUCUGUCUGCUCUUUGUGGAAAAGAAUGUUAUUUACCCACUCAUAGUUCUUAAUGAACUCAGCAAUGGUGCCAAGGAUAUAGGAAGCCCUAAGAAGCUUGGUGCAGAGGUUGGAGCAUUGUUGAUCACUAUUGCUGGAAUGAAGCUGCUAAGGUCGUCUUACAGUAGCCCCACCUGUCAGUAUGCCACGUUCAUCUUCACUAUACUCUUCUUCACAUUUGAUUAUAAGGACUGCUCAGAGAAACUGCUACUAGACCUGUUCUUUAUGUCCAUCCUCUUCAGCAAGCUUUGGGAGCUGUUCUACAAGUUACGCUUUGUCUACACAUACAUUGCUCCAUGGCAAAUUACAUGGGGAUCAGCAUUCCAUGCCUUUGCCCAGCCAUUUGCUGUACCUCAUUCUGCAAUGCUUUUUGUCCAGGCUAUUGUAUCUGCUUUAUUCUCAACACCUUUAAACCCUUUCCUUGGAAGUGCAAUAUUCAUCACUUCAUAUGUGAGGCCUGUAAAGUUCUGGGAAAGAGACUACAACACAAAGCGUGUGGAUCACUCAAAUACGAGGCUGGCUUCUCAACUCGACCGAAAUCCAGGGUCAGACGACAACAAUCUGAAUUCAAUAUUUUAUGAGCACCUGACGCGCUCCUUACAGCACAGUCUUUGUGGGGACCUUCUGCUUGGCCGUUGGGGCAAUUACAAUACAGGAGAUUGUUUUAUCCUUGCCUCCGAUUAUCUCAAUGCUCUUGUCCACUUGAUAGAAAUUGGCAAUGGACUUGUCACCUUCCAACUUCGAGGCUUAGAAUUCAGAGGCACCUACUGCCAGCAACGUGAAGUAGAGGCCAUCACAGAGGGGGUUGAAGAGGACGAGGGAUUUUGUUGCUGUGAGCCUGGACAUGUUCCCCACAUGCUCUCUUUCAAUGCUGCUUUUGGACAGCGGUGGCUUGCAUGGGAAGUCUUGGUGACGAAGUAUGUUUUAGAGGGUUACAGCAUUACAGAUAACAGUGCAGCCUCCAUGCUUCAGGUUUUUGAUCUUCGUCGGAUUCUAACCACCUACUAUGUUAAGGGCAUUAUCUACUACGUGACAACUUCUGCAAAACUGGAGGAGUGGUUAGCCAAUGAAACUAUGCAGGAGGGACUCCGACCAUGUUCAGAUCACUGCUAUGUGGAUGUGGACCCUACAUUUAAUCCGAACAUCGAUGAAGACUAUGACCUUCGCUUGGCUGGCAUUUCAAGAGAGAGCUUCUGUGCAAGCUAUCUGAACUGGAUCAAGUACUGUUCCUCACGCAGAGAGAAGCCUAUUGAAGCCGAGAAGGAUUCCCCUCUGGUGACACUUUGUUAUGGACUGUGUAUUUUGGGAAGAAGGGCUCUCGGUACAGCUUCCCAUCAUAUGUCUAGUAACCUGGAGUCAUUUCUGUACGGUCUUCAUGCCUUGUUUAAGGGAGAUUUUCGCAUCUCCUCCAUUCGCGAUGAGUGGAUUUUUGCAGAUAUGGAAUUACUCCGAAAAGUCGUCGUCCCUGGAAUCCGGAUGUCACUAAAACUUCACCAGGAUCAUUUUACAUCUCCAGACGAGUAUGAUGACCCCGCGGUGCUGUAUGAAGCCAUCAUGUCUCAUGAGCAAAAUUUAGUCAUUGCCCAUGAAGGAGAUCCAGCAUGGAGAAGCGCAGUUCUCUCGAACUCUCCUUCACUGCUUGCCCUGCGCCAUGUCAUGGAUGACGGGACUAACGAAUACAAGAUCAUUAUGUUAAAUAAACGCUAUCUCAGUUUCCGGGUUAUCAAGGUAAACAAAGAAUGUGUCCGUGGAUUGUGGGCUGGCCAACAGCAGGAACUAGUUUUUCUCCGGAACCGCAACCCAGAGAGAGGAAGCAUUCAAAAUGCUAAACAGGCUCUCCGGAACAUGAUCAACUCGUCUUGUGACCAGCCUAUUGGAUAUCCUAUCUACGUGUCCCCACUGACAACCUCCUACUCCGAUAGCCACGAUCAGCUGAAGGAAAUUCUUGGAGGGCCGAUAAGUGUGGCCAAUAUCAGGAAUUUUAUUGUUUCUACGUGGCACAGGUUAAGGAAAGGCUGUGGAGCAGGAUGUAAUAGCGGAGGAAACAUAGAGGACUCUGAUGCUGGAGGCGGGACCUCCAUAAACAGCAACAACCCUUCUAAUGCAAAUGAUGCUCAGAUCAGUGUAUCACAAGGGGGAAUUCCUGGGGGUACAGGACCUGUACAAACUUCACGCCUCCAACCUCCAGGAGUCCCUCAUCUAUCAACACUAGGAACCAGCCACAGUUCUCACUCCAUGCAAUCAAGUCUUGUCAGACAUUCCCCUGCUCGUGGCUCUGUAGCUAGUCAAUCAUCUUACUGCUACAACAGCCGCCACUCAUCCCUCCGAACGUCCAACACAGGGUUUGUGCCUUGCAGGCGAUCCUCUACCAGCCAGAUCUCUCUCCGUAAUCUCCCGACAUCUAUCCAGUCACGUUUAUCCAUGGCAAAUCAAGCAGACCCCACAAGCCAGUCAGUUGUGAUUGGCCUUCCUUCCUCUAGCAGCUCCAGCCAGAGCAUACCUGCAUGCAAGCGGCACGCUUUAGUGGGGUUUUUGGGACCGGAGGGGGGAAAUCUUAUUGAAACACAGUCAUGUGGCAAUUCAAGUCCAGCAACACAUUCAAGAGCCAAAAAGGAAGACGUCAUGUACAGAGUACAGAUUGUGGAUCCAAGCCAGGUGCUUGAAGGAGUUAAUAUAUCCAGAAGAAAAGAGCUGCAAUGGCCAGAUGAGCUAGUGCGGCUAAAAGCCGGUAAAAAUAGCUGGAAAGACUGGAGCCCUCAGGAAGGCAUGGAAGGCCAUGUAAUUCACCGCUGGGUGCCUUGCAGCAGAGACCCUUGUAAUAGGUCCCACAUUGACAAAACUAUCCUGCUGAUUAAGAUUGAGGACAAAUAUGUUGCUGUUAUUGAGACUGGGGUGCUUGAGCUUGGGGCCGAAGUGUGAUUCUGCGGUUCAGUCAUCUUUUGAAGCUUUCAGACAGGAAUGAACUUUUUACUGUUUGGGGACAGAGCACUCAAGAUGGAGAAGGGCUCUGACACGGCCCAAACGUGUAAAUUAUUAUUUUUCUGCGUUUGUUUUAAUAAUCUGCAGAUGUUCAUCUACAUAAAGAGUAUAAACAGAAAAAAAAAAGCUAUAAGACCAUUAUCUUAUAUGUACAAUGGAAUAAUGCUAUGCAUUUCAUAUGCUUUAAGUCAGAAACCUAUUGAAUUUCUCCAUGCAGAAUAUGAUCGUCAUAUUUUUCUAAUUUAUUUGCCAAAAACGAUUGCCAUGUCUUAUACUGUAGCAUGUCGUCUUUUCUUUCUUUUAUUUUUUUUUCACAUUAUAUUUCCUUGAAACGUGCAGAUUCUUUUUUUUUUUUAAUCUUCUAUACUGCAGAAGGCUGCAUCAUUUUUUUUAUCCCAAACCUUUUUUUUGUUUUUUUUUUAUCAUUUUGGAUCCUGCCCUAAACCAUAUUUCCUAGAACCGUGCACUAAGAGAAAUAAAUCUGAUAUUGGUCAGAGUGUCUAUUUAUAAAUAUAUAAAUAUAGAGAUAUACAGAAAUAACCUAAUUUAAAUUGAUUUUUAUUGAAUUUACGCCCUUCCUUGCCCUAGUCCUUCCUAUAUAUGGCUCUUGCCAUUCAGUCUUUAAUGCAGUGGCUUACUGUCGCCGUUCCUUCAGUUUUCCUUAAAAAUUAAAUGUAUUCCCAGAAAAUGAAAUGCCUGCUUGUAAUCUGCUGCAUCUCAUUGUAUGUCUGUGUGUUACCUUCAGGAAAGUGUGCAAAUCUUGGGCUCCUUCAGCACCAGACAUGCAUCUGUAUAUACUGUAUACAUUUCUAUUCACUGAUCUCCCAAUUUAAAAUCCACUAACACCAGAAAGGGCUCUUCUAAGGGAACCUGCCAUAUUGAAUUUGGUGGAAACUGAGCAGAUUGAUCAAUUUUGAUUUGCGGGAAAAGAUUCAGAUCAUAACUUGUAAUUUAUUCCUUUAAAUCCCUGUGCUUUCUGUAUGUAGGAAUCUCAGGUGUCUGUGCUUAGGCCGUCUUAUUAGUGAUUGACGGCAGUUUCUGUAAAAGGAAGGCUGUCGGUCACUGAAUAGUACCACCACUGGACUGCUGCGUAUAGAACGACCAGAGAAUUAAAUGAAUUGAAUACAACUUCUACUGAAUUCACAUCAAUCCAAUAGGAGUGAAUGGAGAGGUGAACGAUCAUGCGGACAGAUUGCGGGAGGUCAGACCCCCAACGAUCCAACAUUUAUGGUCUAGCCCCAAUACUUUUUGUAGGGUAACCCCUUUCACGGCAGUCGUGCCUGAUUAUUUAGGUUAUGAUGGCAUGGAGUUGGUGUCAGAUUUGUGGGAAUUUGUGUUUUUCUUUAUUUUAUUGGGCAUAUUUGAGAACAAGAAAUGAUUCCAUUUCCCCAUGGUUGUAAAUUUACAACUUCUCCCCAUAGUAGUUUGACACCAGGCAUGUCAGUUUCUGGUAAGACUUGGGCCUACUUCUUAUUGUUUUAGAGAAAUGAAUGAAUGCCUUUUAUGCCACAAUGUUAACAUAUCCGGACUAUAUUUCCUCCUUGUAACUCCCUUCAAUAUAAAAUGGACGUUUUGAGUAUUUAUAACUGUGACAAUGAAUUAUUACAUAUGUGUUGUCAAAUAUGUUGGUUUCUUAGAUUGAUAUCCAUGCAUUUUCAAGAUGUGAGAAUACCUUGUAGCUCUGUGUUUUAAUACGAUUCCUAUACUCCUGCCUCAAUCUUUCUAUUGAAACUGAUACUUUUGACUCCAGAAAGAGUGGUUGACACUUGGAAGAGAAGCCCAUUAUGAUAUAAAUGUUCAAUUUUUUUUUUUUCUUUCCACAUUGCCUUUACUUUCCAUUUUUUUUUUAAUCCUGGAAAUAUUCUUAUUUAUUUGAAACCUUUUUUCAUUUUGUAUUCAAUUAGGUAUAGAAGCUCAGGAAAAGCUGUGUGUAUUCAUCAUUUUGCUAUAUGUUCUCGUGCUGUUUAGAAACUUGGGCGACAUGCCGAAAAUUGGAAUGUUAUCCGUUGAUUACAAAAUAAUUUAAUUUAAAAAAAAAAAAUUGAACAAAAACGUGACCAUGAGUUAAUAUU